AUGAGCGCCUGGAGAGCCGGGAGCGCGGCUCUCUCCGCGCCGGGCCGGUGCUUCUGGUGGUGGGUCGUGGCGGUCGGGGUGACGGUGGGUUCGGGGGACCCGUGGAUGUCCGCGGAGGCUUGUCCCUCGUCCUGCUCGUGCAGCAGCAGCAGGAUCUCCUGCGUGGACCCGGAGCGGGGCAUCAGCGCGUUCCCGGUCCUGCAGAGCGAGGCGGAGAUGGAGAACAUCACCGACAUCUACAUCGCCACCCAGAGCGGCUUCUCCUCCAUUAACGAUAAAGACCUGCACUACUACAAGAACCUCAGGAACCUAACGGUGACCAGCAGCCGGCUAACGUAUGUUUCAAAGCUGGCCUUUCAGAGCAACCUCAAGCUGCAAUAUCUGAAUUUGAAAGAUAACAACCUGUCAUCGCUGUCCUGGAGGAUAUUCAAACACCUCAACAUCUCAUAUCUGAUCUUGUCAGGGAACCCUCUGCACUGCUCCUGUGAAAACAUGUGGAUCAAGCUGUUGUUAGGAGAGGAAGCAGACGCACAGGAGCUGCGCUGUGUUGAGGAUGGAGGAGCACGCAAGAUGCUGUCCAAACUGAAACUGCCUAACUGUGAGGUUCCCAUGGCAACGCUGAGCCCAUCCAAAGUGACCGUAAAGGAAGGGGAGAACGUGGAACUGUCCUGUACCACCUCUGGUGUGCCCUCGCCUGAGCUGAUCUGGAACAUGGUGCUGGUCUCCAACUAUGAGAUCGCAACGUCAGGCCAGAUUUCGGUGAUGCGGCUGUCCAACCUGUCGUCGCUGGAUCACAACAGUAAAAUCACCUGCUCAGCUGAAAACAUUGUUGGAGGGAGGGAGUCGUCUCUGCUGCUUGAUAUCCUCUUUCCUCCUAAAAUCACAAAACUGAGUGAUGCAAUCUCCGACCAUCACUGGUGUAUCCCCUUCAGCGUGGCAGCAAACCCCCAGCCUGAUUUUCAGUGGUAUCGGGAUAAUAAGGAGGUGGAGGAGGGCAACUACAUCAUGACAAUGAUCCAUGACGUCACAGAGAGAGAAUACCACGGCUGUCUGCAGCUGGACAACCCUACACACAUCUUCAACGGGAUGUACACGCUGGUGGUUCGAAACGCAUACGGCUCAGACCAAAAGCAGGUCCAAGCUCACUUCAUGGAACAGCCCUGGGAUGAAGAACCAGAUAGUACGGACCCUUACUAUUAUCGUUUUUACUGUCGUUUGUUUUCUGAUUCAGACACUCCUCCUGCGGAGCCACCUGAGGACAGAGUCGCUGUGUACGUGGUGGUGGGCAUUGCUGCUGUCGCCUUCACUGGUUUCCUGCUCAUGUUGGUUAUUCUCAGGUUUGGAGGCAACUCCAAGUUUGGCAUCAAAGGACCAUCUUCAGUGAUCAGCAACGACGACGACUCGGCUUCUCCCCUUCACCACGUUUCUAACGGCAGCAACACGCCCUCCUCCUCAGAAAUGGGCCCUGACGCCGUCAUCAUUGGCAUGACGAAGAUCCCUGUGAUAGAAAACCCCCAGUACUUCAGGAGCACCAACAGCCUGCUCAAGACUGACACAUUCGUUCAACACAUAAAGAGACACAACAUCGUGUUGAAGAGGGAGCUGGGAGAAGGAGCCUUUGGGAAAGUUUUCCUGGCUGAAUGUUACAACCUGUCACCAGACCAGGAGAAGAUACUGGUGGCCGUCAAGACACUUAAAGAGGCCAGUGAAAAUGCCAGGAAGGAUUUCCACCGUGAAGCGGAGCUGCUGACCAACCUGCAGCACGAGCACAUCGUCACCUUCUAUGGAGUCUGUGUGGAGAGCGAUCCUCUCAUCAUGGUGUUCGAGUACAUGAAACACGGGGACCUGAACAAGUUCCUCAGGGCUCACGGUCCAGAUGCAGUUCUGAUGGCAGAGGGCCAGACUACCAGACCUGUGGAGCUGACCCAGUCUCAGAUGCUGCACAUUGCCCAGCAGAUAGCAUCUGGUAUGGUUUACCUGGCUUCACAGCAUUUUGUGCACCGCGACCUGGCCACCAGAAACUGUCUGGUUGGUGAGAAUCUGCUGGUGAAGAUCGGAGACUUUGGCAUGUCCAGAGACGUCUACAGCACUGACUACUACAGGGUAGGUGUAUGUGUCGACAUCUUUUCUGGCCCCUCUUUCACCCCCCUCCCCACCCUGCAUCCUGCUGCAUGGGUCUUUCUCUGCUCCCCCUUCACCCCUGCAUGGGCAUGA